CAAUUGUUAGCAAUGCAUACAACUAUGAUGAUGAAAGUGAAAAAGAAUUGUUUCAACAAUAUUUACGUAAUCAAGCAUUGGAAACACCAAUAUUGGUAACAUUAAUAAUCGUAUAUGCUGUAUUAAUAUUCAUUGGAGCAUUUGGUAAUGGUCUUGUUUGUUUGGCCGUUGCAAGAAAUCCUCGUAUGCGUACAUCACAGAAUUUAUUCAUUGUAAAUCUAGCCAUUUCCGAUCUAUUACUUUGUUUUUUUACAAUACCAUUCUCAUUGUUUGAGAUAGCGACAAAAUUUUGGCCUUAUGGUGUUACAAUGUGUAAAUUGGUUCAGGCAUUGGAAGGAACAUCGAUUUUUGUAUCAACAUUAUCCAUUAUUGCAAUCGCAUUGGAUCGUUAUAAUGUGAUUCUUCGUUCAGUUAGUCCUGAUCAACAUCGUCGUACAACAGUGGUGCCCAUUUUUCUAAAACUAAUACUAAUAUGGAUUAUUGGAAUCAUAUUGUCAAUGCCACUGUUUUUAGUUCGUACAGUUGAAUCUCAUUAUAUUGGAAUGGGACCAAUACAUACAAUCAAUUUUUGUAUUGAAAAAUGGCCUAUUGAUAAUGGUCGAGCUUAUUAUUCUGUAUUAUCAAUGUUAAUACAAUAUGUUGGACCAAUCAUUAUUGUAUCGGUUGUUUAUGCACGUCUUUGUAUUAAAUUACGUUCACGUACCCUUCGUCGUACAUCGACUACACAGUUACCUAAAUUACGUACAAGAUUACAAAGGCGAAUGCGUAAAACAAAUCUAUUAUUGAUAUCGAUUGCAUUGAUUUUCUUUAUAUCAUGGUUACCAUUGAAUGUACUCAAUAUAGUAGCUGAUUUUUUCUUUCCCGUCAGUGCAUUUCGUAUUACAUUUGCAAUUUGUCACAUGUUUGGAAUGUCAUCUGCAUGUUCGAAUCCAUUCUUAUAUGGAUGGCUGAAUCAAACAUUUCGUAAUGAAUUCAAAGAAAUAUUUAAUUCAUUUCAACGUUUAUUUUGUCGCCGAUGUUUUAAAUAUCCAAUAAUGCAUCGACAACAAUUAACAUCGGUUAUUCGUGAAUCUGAUCAUUCAAUGUCAUUCUCGCCAAAUCAUCGUAUUAUUCAUUAUCAGCCAAAUAAUGGUCGUUGUACAAUAACAGAUUUUAGUCAUAUUAUCAAUACACGUACAAAUCUGACAAAUAACAACAGCAACAAUAAUAAUAAAACAAACAAUACAAAUAUAGUCAAUAAUAAUGAUAUAAUCAUUACGACAGAUGAUACGAAUCGAAAAAAUCCUUUUUUAAAUACAAAUACGAAUAAUAAUAGUAAUUCUAAUAGUACUAAUAACAACAACAAUAAUAAUAAUAACAUUUGUCAUCGAUUAAAUUUCCAUCCAUCAACGGUAACAAUGACAACAACAACGAAUAUGAAUGAAACGGAUACAACACAAAUCUAUCCAGCAUCCACAACAACAACAACAACAGUGAUACAUGAAGAUGAAUCGAAUAGUUUUCAAAAACAAAAACAUCAUCAACAACAACGACAGCUACAGAAAAAACGGUCAGAUGGUCAGAUAAAAAUUAAUUAUUCAAUGAAAACAGAUGACCUAAAUCAAUAUGAUAAUAGUAACAAUAACAACAUCAACAACAGCAAUAGUAAUAAUCACAUUAAUUUUAAUCGAAAUGCCCAUUGCAAAUUUAAAAGAUUAUCAUUAGUUGAUUCAAGAAAACGUCGAAGAAAAAGAAAUUCAAUAGAUCAAACAUCAUUAUCAUUACAACAAUCAAAGCAAAAACAGCAGCAGCAGCAGCCACAGUCACAACAAAAUAUAACCUUUAAGAAUUGUGAUAAAAAUAACAUCGAAGAUUAUGAUAAUAAUAAUGAACCAGAAUUUAAUGGUAUACAACAGAAUAUCAAUAAGGAUGAUGGUCGACAUUACCAUCAACAUCAACAACAACAAAAAUGAAAAAUCAAGAAAAAAAGCUAAAUUCUAGUCAUUAAAAUACUAAUUUUUUUUCUUUUAUAUAUGUGGUCACUUUUUUAUAUACUUUUUUGUUGAAUAAAAAAAAUUGAAUAAAACACACACACACACAGACACAUAAAAAAUAAAUGAUGAAAAUCCAACCGGAAAUAUACAAUAAAAUUGGACAGAUGUGAACCAUAUACAUUUCCAGAUAAAAAUAAAAAAAAACAAAGAAAAACAAAUUAACAAUUCGAAGAAUAAAAAAAAAACCAAAAGUGA